AUGGCUCCUCAGAACAAGAAGUCCGGCAAGGCCGCCAAGACGACCAAGAAGUUCGUCAUCAACGCCUCGCAGCCCGCCAGCGACAAGAUCUUCGAUGUCGCCGCUUUCGAGAAGUACCUUACGGAGCGCAUCAAGGUCGACGGCCGCGUCGGCAACCUGGGCGAGACCAUUGCCAUCUCGCAGUCCGGCGACGGCAAGAUCGAGAUUGUUGCCCACAACGACCUGUCGGGCCGCUACCUCAAGUACCUGACCAAGAAGUUCCUCAAGAAGAUGCAGCUCCGCGACUGGCUGCGCGUCGUGUCGACCUCCAAGGGCGUCUACGAGCUCAAGUUCUUCAACGUUGUCAACGACGACGACGCUGAGGAUGACGAGUAA